AAAUCAUACUACAUCUGGGUGGGCUAACUUAUGUCAAUGCCGAAUUAAAUAAUGGUUCGCACCGUUUCAAACAAGGUCUUAGGUUAUAAUGCAAUAUGUUUUGUAGAGGGGAAAUAAACACGGCCACUUUGAGUCGAGAGAAUGAUCAAUGGAGUUCAGUGUGUGGGUGUCGCCUUACGAAAAUGACACGUAACUGGGAGCGCACUGUCACUAGUUGCAGAAGGCGAGUGAUAAUGUUGAACGCUUAAUGGAGCGUACCUUCAAGAAAUGACGGCUUAUUUAUUUUUUAUAGAGUUAGCUAGCGUUAAUUAACCUAUGUCGCAUACAAUACCGCUUUACAUAGCACGCUGAUGUAACGUUAAACAAUUGGACCUCUCAAAGUUAGCCAAACAACCAUCUGCAAUCCGCUAUGGCUGUUAUAGGAAGCGGUGCAGAUUCAGUUUGGAGAUGACCUUUCUACAGUAGCUGUCUUUUCCAAAACCUAGUAACGUAGCCCUGUAUGGCGUGCCCUGUCCAGUUCCUUUGCCGGGGGCUUCGCACUGUUGGAUUAGUUCUCCUUUACUAUGUCUUCUCUAUAGGCAUCACCUUCUAUAACAAAUGGCUGAUGAAGGACUUCCACUAUCCCCUCUUCAUGACGUUAGUUCACCUCGCCAUCAACUUCUGUCUGUCCGCUCUAACACGAAGGGCCAUGCAGGGCUGGACAGGGAAACCCCGCAUCAUUCUGAGCUGGACAGAUUACCUCCGUAAAGUGGCUCCCACAGCCUUGGCAACAGCACUGGAUAUUGGACUUUCCAACUGGAGCUUCCUCUUCAUCACCAUUAGCUUGUACACCAUGACCAAGUCUUCAGCAGUGCUCUUCAUCCUUUUUUUCUCCCUGGUCUUUAAACUAGAGGAGCCGAACCCAUUCCUGAUCCUGGUGGUCCUGCUGAUCUCCAGUGGUCUGUUUAUGUUUACAUUUGAGUCAACCCAGUUCAACCUGGAGGGCUUCACCAUGGUGCUGCUGGCGUCCUUCCUAGGCGGGAUCCGCUGGACCCUCACUCAGGUCCUCAUGCAGAAAGCAGAGCUUGGCCUUCAAAACCCAAUAGACACAAUGUACCACCUACAACCUCUCAUGUUCCUUGGCCUCUUCCCCCUCUUCCUGUAUAAUGAAGGGCUAAGCCUCAGUACCUCAGAAAAGUUAUUCCGUGUGACGGAGCUGUCGCCUCUCUUGUAUUCAGUCUUCACACUGAGUAUAGGCGGCUCACUGGCCUUUGGUUUAGGCUUCUCAGAGUUCCUGCUCGUCUCUCGAACCUCCAGCCUCACGUUAUCCAUAUCAGGGAUCUUUAAGGAGGUGUGUACUCUGCUUUUGGCGGCAGCUCUGAUGGGAGACAAAAUGGGCAUGCUUAAUUGGCUGGGAUUUGCCAUUUGUCUGUGUGGCAUUUCAUUGCAUGUGGGACUGAAGACAUAUUAUUCCAAAAAUAAGGGACCGUCUUUAAGGAAGCUCAACAGUAAGAGCCCAGAGCUUGAGUUGCCAUUACUGCGGAAGGAAGACGAAAGAGACGAUUGGGCUGCUGAAUACAAUGACGAAGAUGAGGAGCUAGAAAUCAGUCUUCACUGACAUCACAGGAUACGGACUGUCUUCAUACUCUUUUACAACUGUUCCAUUAGAUGGUUUGAACAGUGACGUCAAAGUUUUCAAGUGUCCAAAAACUGUUAUGUUUGGGACACCCUGCCACAAAAAGAUAACCUGACGAGCCAGAUGGUUUGUUACACAGGACCAUCUGAGAUGCCGUUAUUGGAAACUAUUGAAAGCUGUGGAAAAGGGCGGGCACUUUAAAAAAAUAGCUGGCAGGUGAUUGGAUGAGCCAUCUGUCUAACACGUCCGCCAUCGUUGUUUUGAACGAACAGUCGCAGCCGUCACACACACACACACGUAAACCACGGCCGUAGCUGUCAGUAGCGGGUGCUGAUUGGUACGGUUCACAGCUGUUCGGACACAACAGCUUUUACUUGAAGCCUGACAAGAUGGAUUUUUGUCUGACAUGUGAUCCUGCGAUUUUCGCACGAUCUUGUGAUAUGGCGAGAAUCCAGCUGCCGUGCAAGGGAAACAAAAAGAGGGAACAGCCUCUUCAGCUUUGUUCUUCCACCGAUCGUGUCUUCAGGCCACAGCCUCAUUAUGUAGCUGUACAUUAACUGUGGACUUGACACAAGUUAUGAUCGUUUGCCUUCGGGAAGCUUAAAAAAUGUAGCUAAUACAUCCAAGUGUCAACAAAGUAUGAUGUAUGAUGAGAGAGAGAGGGUGUGAAAGGGAUACUUUGACAUUGUAAUAGGUCAUUUUUCUUUGCUAGAUACUUGUCAAACAGUGGGAAUAUCUUCUUACUUUGUAUACCUAUAUACAGUACAGUACAUGUGCAUUCUGUUAAUUGGCACUGGUGACUACAGAAUAAGCUGUUAGGAUUCUAAAGGAUAAAUGUAGAAACUGUUAAAUAAGCUUACAAGAGUCUGGUUUAGAAGAAAAAAAUGACUAUAAUUGAAAGUGUCCUGGUAUCCCUGUAAUGCAGAGCGGGAUAAGUGGUAACCCAAUUUCAGAUUACAUAAUUUCUUUCUCUUAAGAAUGUAGCCUGACAUCCUUAAGUUUUUUGGAGAUGGCUUUACUGCUCUUCUUUGUAAGCUAAAUUUACAAAGCUAACAAUACAAUUUAAUACAGAUGGAUCGACGAGGUCUGUCAGGCAGCAUUAUCUAUUAACAUUAUCAUUAUCAAUACAUCUGCAGGUUAUUUUCUUAAUUAAUUGAAUAAUUGUGUGGUAUAAAAAAAAUGCCCUUCACAAUUUUUUAAACCCUAAGGUUAUGACUUCAGAUUGCAUGUUUUGACCAACCAGCAGUCUAAAACCUAAAAGAUAUUCAGGUACUAUCACAUAAGACAAGGAAUGCAGCAAACUCUCACAUUCAAGAAGCAAAUAAAAAAAGGCCUUUCUGCUUGAGAAAUCACUUAAAUCAUAAAUCGAUUAUCAAAUCAGUUGCCGAUUAAUUCCAAAUAAGUCCAAAGUGUUAAUUAGUGCCAGGUUUGAUGGCAGAAAGGCUCUUUGAGCGUCAUGUUAUGGUGUAUGUCUUGAUAUUUGGACAUUUAAAUGUUUAAUCAAAUUUACCUCAAAUGCUAGCUAACUGAAAAUAAAGCAGUCAUUAAAUUCCAGUAAUGAGCUACAAGGUGGGAGACUAUUGAAUCUAAAUGUAACGUUCUCCAGCCAUUCUUGUCAUUAUUUGAAGAGACGCGUAAUGGCCGUACCUUAAUGUGCCUUGUUAAUGUCACAGCAGUCGAGAAGACUACUUUUGAAGAGCUAUUUUUCAAAAUCUAAAAUGUAAUCACUGAUUAUGUAGCUGUACUUGUACUUGAGAUUAAAACCAUUUAAGAAGUACACUUUUUUGACAGUUUUUCUGUAAAACGCAGCAUUGUGGCAAUACGUUAAGAAAUAAAGUCAAAGUGAAAAAGA